AUGGAUGAUCCCAGAAAUCGUAUAAAGUUCAUUAAGCAGAGCAUGUCUAUUACAAUCGCAAUUUUAUUAGUGAUCGCUAUUUAGUUUGCAGUUUUUAUUGUUUGCAUUAUAGAAAUAGAUGUUAUAUUUAAAAUUUUCAUUGAUUAUUCAAACUGGACAAAAGAGAACCCUGUAUAUGGACUGUUACUUAUACAAGUUGUUUGCAUAAUCGGACUGAUCAUCAUGAUUCCUUCAACUUUAUUUGCCCUGACGAUAGGCUAUAUAUGUGGAAUGCUAUGUGGCGAAAUUUUUGGGUUUAUUUUAGGUAUUCUUCUUAUUUCUGUCACAAGUCAGGUUGCAGCUGUGCUAUCAUUUUUCUUAGCACGAUACCUAUUUCGCGACAUGGUGAUAAAUAAUAUUAAAGAAGAAUGAGUGAAGACCAGAGCCGUUUUAAAAGCUCUUGAAACCAAAGGAAUAAAAGUCGUUUUCUUAUGUAGACUAUCCCCUGUAAUACCUUAUGGGAUUUUAAAUUAUAUUGUAGGAGCUUCAAGCAUCCCCUUUCAGCAUUUUUUUAUUGGCAAUCUUGGACUCAUCCCUGGAUUUUCACUAUAUGUCUAUAUUGCAGUAACCAUGGGCUCUGUUCAAGAAGCCCUAAGCAACCAAACAAGCAGUGACUGAUAUUGAUAUCUAAUUGCCAUUGGCGGGGUGCUUAUAAUUGCAACGUGUAUAUACAUCACAUGAGUAUCAAAAAAAGAGUUACAAAAAAUAUUAGAUGAACAAGAAGAGUCUGAGGCGCCACUUUUCAUGGAAGAGGAGCACGAAGAGGUGCCAAUUGAUCCUAAUAAUAUAUAA